AUGUCUUCGUCUUCUACCAAUUCACAUCCAUCCACCCAGACUUCCACACCUGAACAUGAGCACCCGCAGGGCUCCUGUCCAGUGACAGGAAAGACAUACAACUUCUGCCCCGCACAGGCUGGGGACGUAAGAUCUCCCUGCCCAGCGCUAAAUGCCCUCGCGAACCAUGGUUAUCUUCCACGAGAUGGAAAGAACAUUGGCCCAUUGGACCUCGCUCGCGCACUCAAAAGCGGAUACAACAUAUCAUCAGUACUGGCCUACAUCUUGUCGUUUGGCAGCUUGCUCCUACUCGGCCAAUAUAGAUCUUUGUCACUCUCAGAUCUCGCUCGCCAUAACUUGAUCGAGCAUAAUGCAUCACUCGUGCACAAGGACGACAGAAACGGCGCAGAAUAUGCACCAACCAAGGUGAACAAGAGGCUAUUGGAAGCCCUUUGUGCACAAGGAGGGAAGGUACUUCCAGACAGAAUGACUCUCGAGGAUGCCGCACACAUCCGUGUCAAGAGAGAAGCGGAGUGCGGGCAGUUGGACGGUGUACAUGCCGAGAUUGCGCGAGGGGAAAUAGUCAUUGCUAUCGGAGUCCUAGGUGGCAAGGACGCGGCGAAGAACGGUGUCACCAUUAGCGCAUUGCAUGAAUGGUUGCAGCACGAGCGUCUGCCUGCCGGCUGGAAGCCGGAUCACACUCAGGGCUUGUACCAGACGUACAAGAUGACGAAGUAUGUCAGAGAUCGCAUGGGUGAGAUCAAGGCACAAAAACCACCAGUGAAGCUUUGA